AGUGGGAGCCGGGACUGAACUGAAGCCAAAUAUGGAAGAGCUUGGGAUGGUGAAAUUACACUUUGGCUCCUGAAUUUCGGCCAAAUUGCAUCCAACUCCCUCCCCCUGUCCCCCACAAAGAGAGAGACCCUUCGCGGCCGAUACACCGAAAGCUCAGACCCGAGUCAGUCAGCAGCAAAGCAGACAGCCCGACGAGGGAAAACCCCACCCGUCAUUCUUUCUCAGUACAGUGGAAGAAGAACAUGGCCGACGAAGCUAACAGAGCUGCCUUUAUGGAGAUUCAAUCUCGUAUGAUCGAGAACACGGGCAAAUUGAAGCAGGUUCAAAAUCAGCUACGAAAUAAAGAAUGGGAAAAGAAGCGUGCAUAUUUGACCUUGGAGGAGCUAAAGCAGCUGCCUAACGAUACCAAUACAUACAAGUCCGUAGGAAGAACUUUCAUUUUGGAGCCCAAGACAAUUUUGAUGAAUGAGCAGGAACAGAAGCUGAAGGAUAGUGAGGCUGCUAUAGCCACAUUACAGGCUUCGAAGGAGUACCUUGAGAAGCAGAGCAAAGAGGUAGAGAAUAACUGGAGAGAACUUCUGCAGCAAGACCCAGGCCUUGCUCAUCAGAUCAUGUCAAUGUCUGUAAUGUAAAUGGCCUCUUUCCUGUUUAGGUUGGUCCUUUUUUUUUUUAUCUGUCUGACCCAAUGUCCGAGCUUCUGUUACGGUGAUCGCUUCAUGCUGUCUUAUGAAGUCAUGAGGACUUUUGUGAAAGCAUGAUGGCCAUUGUUCUCUGAAUCAUCCAUUUUGCUUGGAGGUAAAACCCCCUCAAAAUUGUCCAGUACGUUUUCCUUCUUUUCACUUUUUUAUGAUGCCAGAUGAGUCUAAACUGUUCAGCCGAGUCAAAUCGAUACAAUGCGAGGUUCGAGCUGGUCUCAGCUCCUAGUGUUUGUACCUAAAAUGACUAAAGCUUGAUUCCUAUUGCUUUUUCGGAUUCAAAUUCA